AUGUUAGCCGACGCCAAUCUGCGCCUCCACAAAAUCGCGUCCAACGACCCUGCGGUAACACAGGCUUUUCCCGUCGAAGACCGAGCUUCCGAUCUACGCAAUCUGGACUUUCACCGCGACGUAGUACCGAUUCAGCGCUCGCUGGGUGUACUUUGGGACCUACAGGCAGACGCCUUUACCUUCCAGGUCGUCGACGGAGCCAAACCCUUUACUAGACGUGGCGUUCUCUCCGUCACCAACAGCCUUUACGAUCCCCUCGGAAUCGCUGCCCCGGUCGUCAUCAAAGCCAAAAUCCUGCUGCGAGCUAUGACAACGAGCCUGAAACGCCACCCACUCGACGACUGGGACCAACCGCUACCUGAGCAACAUAAAGCAUCCUGGGAAGCUUGGUGCAAAUCCCUCUCAGACCUAACCGAAGUUAAAGUCCCACGUACCUACGCAAGCGUGUCACUGUCCGAAGCAAGCUGUAUAGAAAUCCACACAUUUUGCGACGCCUCCACCGAAGCCAUUGCUGCUGUCUCAUACAUCAAAGUCGUCCCGAAAGACGGUCAAGCCCAAGUAUCAUUCGUGUUUGGCAAAGCUAAGCUGGUUCCACCCCAUGCCACAACAAUCCCCCGUUUAGAGCUCUGUGCUGCAGUGCUCGGCGUAGAAAUUACGGAGCUGGUGAUCGAAGAGUUAGCAGUAAAACCACACUCUGUAACCUAUUACACGGACAGUAAAGUUACACUAGGAUACAUUCUUAACGAAACGCGCCGGUUCUAUGUGUACGUCAGCAACCGCGUACAAAGAAUACGAAGGUCGUCGUCGCCAGAUCAGUGGAGAUACGUGGCAACUGACCUCAACCCAGCAGAUCUAGCUACUCGAUCGGUGAAAGCCUGCGACCUCAAAGACUCGUCUUGGUUGGCCGGCCCGAAGUUCCUCCAAAGCACAAGUUCCCUCGACGUUCCAACGGAGACCGAGGCCUUCCAACCCCCACAAGAAGACCCAGAACUUCGUCCCGAAAUCACAACCCUCGCCACGAACGAAAAGCCCGGAGUUCAGAAAAACCUUGGAACUGAUCGCUUCCUACGUUUCUCGCGGUGGGAAAACUUAGUGAACGCAGUAUCGAAACUAAUGAUGGUCGCUCAGCAUCACCACCAUGCCAAAGCGUCAGUCGGCAACGAAACUACGGUAAUUCAGGCACGAAAACGCGCACAGUUGUUGAUCGUAAGGAACAUACAGAUCGAAGCGUUUGAGGAAGAAUUCGAUUCCUUAGAAAAGAAAAAGGGACUGUCAAAAACAUCACCACUGUUAAAACUCAACCCAAUAAUCGACUCCGACGGUCUCCUACGCAUUGGUGGUCGUCUUAAACGAGCUGACCUUCCGUACGAAGAACGACACCCCCUCAUUCUACCCGGGAAACACCACGUGACAAGUCUAAUCGUUAAGAACUGCCACGAAGAAGCGAAACACCAGGGUCGUCAUUUCACCCACGGCAUGGCCAGAUCAAAAGGAUUCUGGAUCGUCGGCGGAAAACGCCUCGUCAAUCGCGUUAUCCAUCAGUGUCUGAAAUGUAAGAAACUCCGAGGGAAGCUUCAUCACCAGAAGAUGGCAGACCUCCCAUCAGAACGCAUCACUCCAUCACUUCCUUUUACCUACGUCGGACUGGACGUUUUCGGUCCAUGGGAAGUCACAGCUCGUCGCACCAGAGGAGGACACGCUUACAGUAAACGAUGGGCAGUAAUCUUUACUUGCCUUUCAACGAGAGCUAUUCAUAUCGAAUUAAUCGAGAGUAUGGACGCUUCUAGUUUCAUAAAUGCACUUCGAAGAUUCAUGGCUAUCAGAGGGCCCGUUCAACAGAUUCGCUCGGACUGCGGAACGAAUUUCAAAGGAGCUCAGAACGAACUAGAAUCGGCUCUAAAGGAAACGGAUCAAAAGAUCGUGGAGACGUACUUGAAUUCUCAAGAAUGCGAAUGGAUUUUCAACUCUCCUCACGCUUCGCAUACAGGAGGCGUGUGGGAACGUAUGAUCGGUAUUUCUAGACGAAUUCUGGACUCGAUGAUGGCCGAGCUAAGACCAACACGACUGACUCACGAAGUCCUAUCAACACUGAUGGCCGAGGUGACAGCUAUCGUAAACAACAGACCGCUAGUAGCCAUCUCAAGCGACCCCUCUGCACCCGAAAUUCUCACACCAUCUACUCUCCUGACGCAAAAAACGGCAACACUCAAGUCAACCCCAGGAAAUUUCGUACCCCAAGACCUCUAUACCAAACAGUGGCGGCAAGUACAACUAUUAGCCAACCGUUUCUGGUCCAGAUGGAGAAAAGAAUUCCUGCCGACAUUACAAUACAGGCGAAAGUGGACAACAGACGUUCCAAAUCUCCAAGUGGGAGAUCUGGUCCUCCUCCGAUGCAAAGAAUCGGCGAGAAACGAUUGGCCGCUAGCUCGCGUCUCGAAGACCCUAAGCAGCGCGGAUGAAAAAGUUCGAAAGGUAGAAGUUACGACAGCGAAGAACGGCUCAAAGCAAGUGUACACCAGACCAGUGACAGAACUGAUCCUGCUAAAAACUGAAUACGAAUUAAAUUCGUGUUCGUGA